UUGCUCAGUCUGUUCAGUUGCUGCUCCGAUCCGUAUCGACGGCUGAUUCCCAUUUCUGCGAGAAAUUACCGCAAGCAGUUCCGUUCGCUCUCUAUUUUAUUUAGUUUUCUAUUAUUCAAAAUAUAGAAGUUAUGGCAGAAAACAGAGCUACCAAAUCUGGAUUAGCUGCAGAAGCCCAUAGUAAGAUUCAAUCCAAAUACGACCCAGCCUUGGCUAGUCAAGUUCUCACAUGGAUGAAAGAUGUAAUGGGCUCCGAUGAUAUUGAAACUUCAGGCGAGCGAGAAUCUUUCUACAAAUUACUGAAGGAUGGUCAAGUUUUAUGCAGGUUAAUCAAUGUUUUACAACCAGGAUCCAUUCCCGAAAAAAAGAUCAACAACACAACUAUGGCUUUCAAAUGCAUGGAGAAUAUCAAUUUGUUUCUUGAACAGGUAAAAAAAUUGGGUGUGCCAGCCGAAGAAACUUUUCAAACAGUGGAUUUGUGGGAACAACAGAACCUCACAUCUGUCCUAAUUUGUCUACAAUCCCUCGCAAGAAAGGCAUCUAAAUUUGGUUUCAAAAGUAUUGGGCCCAAAGAAGCUGAAGCCAAUGUGCGUCAAUUCAGCGACGAGCAACUCAAAGCAGGACAAGGAGUCAUUAGCCUUCAAUAUGGAUCAAAUAAGGGCGCAAAUCAAAGUGGAAUCAAUUUCGGGAAUACGCGUCACAUGUGAAGUCCAUUACUUGUUUUAAACCUGCUCCUGCUUGCUGAAAGUGCAGAAUACCCUCCAAAAAACUUAAUCCUACAUUAUUAUAAAUGUGAUUCAAACCAGCCAAUUUCCAAUACAGUAAAAUAACUGUGUGCCGAGAAAAAAACAUUGUUUAGGAUUUAUAGAAAAUUCUUAAAAGCCAUUUUUUACAGUGCAAGGCAUUCAUUUAAAUUUUUUUUAAUUUUAUGAAAUAUUUUUUAAAGAUCAUGAAUUGUUUACAUUCCUAAAAUAUUUUCCACAUGAAAUUGUAUGAAAAGUUGUAGUUUGUACUGUCCCCUAUUUCUGUUUAGAUGUAAUUUUAAUAAAAAAUAUUCUCAAAUAA